AUGUUGGAUAUUGAUCUCCAGAUGCCCCCUAAGGGGAAAUGGCACACGCCGCCCUUCGACCCUCGGUUUCCCAAUCAGAACCAGACCCGUAACUGCUACCAGAACUUUCUGGACUUCCACCGCUGCCUGAAGAUGAUGAACCGGCGUGGGCGGAGCACGCAGCCCUGCGAGUACUAUUUCCGCGUGUACCACUCUCUGUGCCCCAUCAGCUGGGUACAGCGCUGGAAUGAGCAGAUUCGGGAGGGCACCUUCGCGGGCAAAAUCUGA